AUGGUUGGUGAAUCAAGAAAUGAGCUCCUUCAAUGGGUUAAUUCAGAACUCGAUUUAAACUAUACCAAAGUAGAACAGUGCGGGACCGGUGCCGCAUACUGCCAGCUUAUGGAUUCAAUCAUUGGAGGUAUACCAAUGAACAAAGUUAAAUUCGACACGAAAAAUGAAUUAGAUUAUCGUCAAAAUAUGAAGGUUUUGCAAAUCGCCUUCAAUAGGGCAGGAAUAACCAAGCUGAUUGAGGUAGAAAAGUUGAUUAAAUGCAGAUUACAAGAUAACUUGGAGUUGUUGCAGUUCAUUCGUAAAUACUGGAUGGAGAAUAAGGACGUCCAUGGGAACUACGACCCCCAACUGAGAAGAAUAUCCAGUGCGGGCACGAUUUCCAGCUCUGGGACAAGCAAUGGUAGCUCCCACCCUCUUCCAAGAAGUAGAAACAGCAGUGGUGGAGUUGGUGUCAGAGUCGGUAGCGGAGGUGCCGGUGUAACGUCAACCACAAGUAGCAGAAAUAGCAUAACAUCAAGACCGGUGGCCAGUGGGAAUGGCAGUAGCAGACCAGCAAGUAGAGCAGCAUCUGGUGCUGCUCUUAGCAGCAACACUAGUCCUGCCAAUGGAUCUACAAGCAAUGGCGGAACUCCACAGGUACGACAAUUGCCUAGGCAGAGAAGAUCCACGAUUGAAACCUCGCCAAAGACUAACACGUACUUGAACCCAACCACUCCAAACAAGUUACAACAAAGGAAUCAGGAAUUCAACGAGCUUUCCAAGCAGCUUGAGCAGGCUAACGAAGAGCUUUAUGAGUACAAGAUCCUGUAUGAAAGUAAAGAAACGGAAAGAAACUUCUAUUUCAAUAAGUUGAUCGAAAUCGAGACUUUGAUACGGAAUACUACAUCUGAAGAAAACAAAGAUGUGGUUGAGGGGCUAACUGUGUUAGAGUUGGCGAACCAAGUGCAAGAAAUCUUGUAUUCCACGGAAGAAGGGUUCCAGGUUGCUGACGAGAUGGAAGGAAUAGACGAGGAGACUUUCUGA